AUGGCCAACAAAGAUACAAUGGAGAUCCGCUUCUGUCCUUGUCACGUUGCCGAGAUUGUGCUCCAAUACCUUGAUGUACGGCUAUUGGAUGUAUUUGUACAUAAUCAGUUGUAUCACCACGACGCUGUCUUUCGUUGUUGGGACGACGACGACAACGACAAGGCAUUUCAGAACGACACACGAGAACUUGAACAGCAUAUCGACAUGGUGAACACCUUGCACCCAAUGGCCACCUUGUUGGCACCCAAAGCAUGUAUCAUCUCCAUUGUCGUACCAUCCAUCAUACUACGCGAUCAGAUAAGCUCGUAUGUCGAUGUCAGCGUCAACAUUUGGCGUCGUAUCUGA